GAUAUUUCAAGUGGUUGGGAGGUGUAGGGUGAAUGCUGACAAGUAUAUUUGUGCGCAGUUGCAAAGAUAUCAGAACAGGUCUGGCGCUGUGUCUGCAGCGGUCGCCAUGCGUAAUGAUUGACCGCCACACGCCGACAGAGUGCAUGGAGAAGGAGGAGCUGCGCAAGGAGUUGCCGGCGCAGUGUCUUGCGCGGAUGAAGAGUUAUGCCCAGUGUCGACGUGGUCUUUUUGAUAUGAGAAAACGAUUUCGGGGAAACGGUCCAUUAUCAACAGGCGUAUACGACGAAGAAUACCAACGAAUGCUAGCCGGUGAAUUCGACCCGAAGGAGGAGAUCCAGAAAGCUGUGCGGAAGCUGUGAUCGUUGUCUAGUCAGUUAGUUUGUAUCUGCUGAUUACUCUUCGUAUCGGAGAUAUGAAUUUGCAAAGAGAGAGAGAUGUGAGGGUGUUUUGUGCGGGAAAUGUAUAUAUCUGCUACCGUCGAACGAGCAGAUGAGAGGUCUUUGCAGGUCUUUUCUCCGGGUCGGUACCACUAU